AUGGAAGCUUCGUCAACUUUAGAAACUGAUGAAUCUUUGUUGGCACAAGUUGACCAACUUGAUAAACGAAAUUCAAUUCACAAACGUAUAUCUUUGGUUAAAGAUAGGGCUAAGGUAGGUUAUCUAAUUUUUAUGUAAAUUUAUCGGAAUGAAGCACAAAUUGAUACAGUUAGUUUUUUUAAAUUCUAGGCGAUAGAAUUAUGCCUACAGAAGUGCCGCAACACUUUGCCAGUUGAUGAAGUUAAUGGGGCUUUGCUUUAUGUCAAAUGUUUAGCAUUAAUUGAAGAAACAGAACGAAUUUUAAAUCAACAACCGGGAGGGCGGCAGUCCUCCAUGUCACAGCCUAGUCUAACUUCAAAGGUAUGUAAUGUUUACAAUAUUUGCUUAUUACUUUAAAGCACAGUGAUUUUCGUCAUAAGCAGUAAUCAAGUCAAAUAUUUUAGUAUGUUUGACGCCAAAUUGUCUCUUUUAACUUUACUUGUUCUAUUUUGAUAAUUUCAGGUUGCACCAGUUGACUUUAGCCAUACAGUAAUUCCAAAGACAGUUGACAUUUGGGCACAUGCUGAUGUUAUUCAGCCUGUAAAACCAGAAGACGAAUAUUAUUAUAGUUAUUACAAGCCAACAUGGUGGAAUUUUUGGUGUUUUAAUAGUGGCAAAGAAGCCAAAGGUCAAGAUCAAGAUGUGAGGGACCUUUGGAAAACACAGGUUGGUUUUUUAUAUGUAUUUUUUUGCUUAUAUUUUACAAUUUAAAAAAUGAUAUUUCAAUAAUACGAUGCAUUUGCAAGAUUUUUGAUGAGUUUAGUUAUAACCCAACUAACAUAGAGUUUUUAGAUAGAAUUUUUCCUAUCGUGUUUAGGAUUUAUAGUUGGAGUUGGGAAUACGUUAAGAUUUCCGUCUAUGAUUUAUCAACAUGGAGGUAAGACAAUAUUAAUUAAGGCAGUUUAUUUUGGAAAAAGGGUUAACUUUUUAAAACGAUAACAUUAUUCAAACCAAAACCGGUUUAUAGGUAUAUUCUUUGUGCCUUAUGUCAUAUUUUUGGCUAUAUUUGGUUUACCGUUGGUUUACAUGCACUUAUGUAUUGGUCAAUACACUGGCCUAGCGGCUUCUGGAGCGUUUUGGAAGAUGAUGCCAAUUGCUUCUGGUAUCGGAUGGGCUCUGGUGUUGCUGGCAGUGCCAGUUGCAAUUUACUAUAAUAUUAUUGUGGCAUGGGGAUUGUACUAUCUAUGGUAUUCAAUACUCGGUUUUUUUACGGAAGGUUUACCGUGGAGUGAUUGCAAAAUGGGUAAAUUUUUAUAGGAAAACGAGUAUUUUUACGUGUGUAAGAUUACAAAUAACUUUUUUGAUGACUUAUGUUUGAAUUUUUUUAAACUUUAGAAUGGGUAUCAAGAUUCAAUUGUUGCGAAUUGGACGCUGGACCAGCUUGCUUUGAUAAUCCUUAUUCAAUGACAGCUCCAGAAGCUUUUUUUCAGUAUGUUCAGUGUCUUACUGUACAAAAUUUAUGUUUACAGUUAUCAAGUACUAAACCGAACACUGGUUCGUGAUAUGGCUAUGGGACCAGUUCAGACUCAUCUAGUGGUAGCACUGGCCAUAGCGUGGGCAUUGGUUUUUUUGGGUGUUUUUAAAGGAAUCGGAUCAAUUGGUUGGGCUGUUACUUUAACUGCUACAUUACCAUAUUUGUUGGUACGAAUUUUUCAAAAUGUUGUAGUUUGAACUUUUUAUAUUUUACCUUUUGUAUUGAGAUCUUCAUUAGUAUUAUAUUAUAUUUAAUUUAUAUUUUUUUCCAAAAUUUACAUAAUUUUAGUUGUUGAUAUUGUUAAUUCGAGGUCUUAGCCUGACUGGCGCUGGAGAAGGUAUCAAAUUUUUUUUGACGCCGAAUGUAAAAGAGCUAUGGUCAAUAGGGGUAUGACUUAUUUUAAAAUUUUUUUAAAAGUUAUUUUACUAAAAUUAUUAAUGAUAAAAUGUUGUAUUUAGCAAAAACACUUAUGUAAAAUCUAAUUAUAAUAGUUUUAAAAUGGAAAUAAUAUAUUUAUAAAGAUAUGGAAAUCAGCAGCAGAACAAGUUUUUUACUCAUUGGGGAUCGAUGCUGGGCCAUUAAUUUCAAUGGCCAGUUUCUCUCGGUACCGCAACAACAUUUAUCGCGAUGCCGUAUUAUUAGUUGUACUGUAAGUUUCAGUUUCUCAAGUCGAUUUAUAAGUAGUUGGAGGGAACUUAUAUGUUGCUAGAUUUUUUAUUUUAAAAUAUUUUUGUAUAUAUUUUGUAAAUGAAAAGUUUAUGAUUUAAAACUGUUUAGGGACACAAUAACAAGCAUUCUGUGUGGUUUGGUCAUUUUUUCAUUUGUCGGCUUUUUGGCACAUGUACAGCAUAGCGAAAUACAGGACAUUCUUAGUAAGUUUUAGACUAUUUGAAAUCGCUUUUUUCAAAAAUAUUUAUAAAAAGUAUUUUGGCAAACCAGGAGGAGGUGGAUAAAUAGUAUUUACAAGCAUACACUUUUAAUUCCAGAACACGAUCCUUUGUACUUGGCUUUUACCGUUUAUCCUGGAGUGACACAAUUUCUAGAAUGGGGUGCUCUUUGGUCUGCUCUUUUCUUUUUCAUGCUCAUUCUUUCGGCGAUAGAUGCUGAAUUUGCUUGGUACGUUUUAAAUAAUCCUACUUGAAAUAUUAUUCUGAUGAAUGGUAGAGUAGGGGAAUGAUAAAAAGUUUCACACAUUAAAUGAAAAAAUUCAUAGGACUUGUGUUUAAUUCAUUUGAUAAAAUUAGAGAAACGGAUUUCAGGUUGGAAAUGAUAGCAUCGUCCUUGAUGAACCAGCUAGGAAAUAAAACAAAGUUAAUUGAAACCCGAAUUUUGGUUGGAUUAUGCUUAUGUUUCUUUAUUCUUGGCAUACCAUUAUGCACUAGGGUAAGCAAGAUUCGGGGGCCAUUAAGAUAUUUUUAGGGUGGAAUUUUCAUUUUCCACGCUAUCGAAUCGUUGAAUGCCAAUUGGAAUUCUUUUUCUUUGUCGUUAAUACAAGUAAUUGUGGUAUGUUAUAUAUACGGAAUCAACAAUUUCACCAACGACAUGGCUGAGAUGUUGCGAGUAACUAAGCCUAAGUUGGAAUGGAGUCCAUUGAAUAGUCGAUGGUACUAUCGAUGGAAAAAGCUUCAGUUUGUGUUUGGUCCCACUGGUGAUUAUAUAAAGCUGAGUUGGUGCGGAUUUGCACCGUUUAUUCUCACGGUAGGUUGCAAAUUUAAAAUUUAAAAAAAACGAUAACAAUAAUUACCGCUUUUUCACUUUUACUGUAUUUUAUCAUUUUUUACCAUAUUGAUUGCAGACACUUCUACUAGCAUCGGCCUUCAGCUACGAGAGAGUUCAAUUUAAUGACUUUGUAUUGUCAUGGGGAUACGAAUUUGUGGCGUGGAUCGCUAUGGUUGGACCACUGUGUAUAAUACCUAUUACUGUUGUAUAUUCAAUAUACGAAGCCAAAAAACGAAAAAGACCAUUGUCUUCGAUUAUAAGUACCAAAAACUGGCGUCACACUAAAGAAAAUCAACCUAAACAACCAAGUCAUACUGUUGAUACUGACAGUGACUAUAUGGUAAGUAUUUUCAUCGUUUAAUAACAGUGGCUUAAAGUUUUUAUAUUUCGGCAGUUAAGUUUAAUUUCUAAGUUCAGGUAUAAAGUAAUUUUUUGAUAUUUGUAGUAUAUUGACCCAAUAUCUCGAGUAGCAUCAACAAAAUCCCGCAAUAAAGUUGACUUGAACGUAAUUGACGAGGACGCCUAUGUACGUGCUCAUGAUCGCAUCAGAAUCUGGGCCGAACGUAGUGGCCGCGACGAAGCCGUGCGUCAACUUGAAGCACCACCAUUAGCAUCGUCUAUAGAAGUCGAAACAAAGAUUGAUAUGCCAACAGAACCCGCAUUUCCACCGUCAGAUAUUCAAGAGGAAGACGAAAAGUCAUCUGAUACUCCAAAAUCCAGCUCUUCUGUAAAGUCAAGCCCACCGCUAUACGGCCGUCGCACCGGCCGUCUCAGAGACGUGAUGAUCAACGAAAAACCUUCAUUUAAAAGAAAAACCGUAAGAAAUAUAUCAACCAGCGAUUCGGACGGUUUUGACGAUGGCAGUGACGAACGCUUGAAACCUCGUCGGCCAACUGUCAAAAAAUCUCCUUUGACAAAAUACGAACCGAAACCGAUAGCAAAAUAUGAAGCAGAUCUGGGAGAGAAUUUCCCACCUUCAACCUCAUUGAAUCUCUUUGGACCACCGCCUUAUCAGUCUUCGGAAUCCAGAAUCAGUAAACACAAAUUGAACAGACGAAGUGAUAAGCACAAGAACAGAAUCUUUGCCAACUCUUUUAGUAUGGUUGUUAUGGAACCGCCCAGUUCAUCCUCCCCUUCCAAGGCUUCAAGUGAAGAACGUGCGCCAAGCCACGCUGCUUCGGCACCGGAUAGACCAGAAAGCUUGGCUAAACGCUACGCUUUAGGCCCGAGGAGAAGCAGUGAAAGUAUUACAAAUCAAAGUUUGAGCGGCGUUUCAUUAAAACCAUAUAAUAUUGAAGAUGGAGCCAAAGAACGUAGAGUAAGAAAAAUUUUCCUUAGAUUUUGACGUUUUUCUUUUUUUAAAACCGUAAAAACAGAAAAUAACAACUUUGUAGAACUCGAAAGCCAUACGUUUAAAACGUCCAAAGCCCAUUGGCAACGUGCCACAAAGACCACCGGUCGACUCGGAUGACGAAGAAUUUGUUGCAACUCUCUCAAGAGCUUCCUCAAGAUCGUAUUUAUAG